CUCCACUUAAAUCUUGACCUCUUGAAAUAACAGAAAUCCUUAACCUUCUCUUUCGGCUGAGAAACGAUCUCUGCCAAAUUAUUCCCGGUUUGCGAUUCCUGAGGCCUCUGGCCUCCGAACUCCUAUUCUUUUCUCGUUUUGAGAUCUCGAAACGUAUAGGUUUUUGGCGGUGAAGAGGAGCGAUGGGGAUUCUCUAUGGAAUGGUAGCCAGAGAACACGUUGUUUUGGCGGAGUUCAGCGCUACACAGACGAAUGCGAGCGCGAUUGCGAGGCAGAUCAUGGAGAAGAUGAAGCAGGGAGACGAUGAUAGCAAUGCCUCCUAUUCUCAUGAUCGCUAUAUCUUUCACAUCAAGAAGACUGAUGGCCUUACCGUUCUUUGCAUGGCCGACGAAGCCUCCGGAAGGAGAAUUCCUUUUGCAUUUCUCGAAGACAUUCAUCAAAGAUUUGUGAAGACCUAUGCUCGCACAAUUCUCUCAGCUCCUGCAUAUGCCAUGAACGAUGAAUUUUCAAGGGUUCUAAGCCAACAAAUGGACCAUUAUUCAAAUGAUCCAAAUGCAGAUAGGCUAAACCGCUUAAAAGGUGAAAUGAGUCAGGUGAGGAGUGUAAUGGUUGAUAAUAUUGAGAAAGUGUUGGAGAGGGGUGACCGCUUGGCUCUGCUGGUCGAUAAAACCACAAACAUUCAAGGAAAUGCAGUUCGAUUUAGGAGGCAAUCACGUCGCUACAGAAACACCUUGUGGUGGAGAAACUUAAAACUCACAUGUUCGUUGUUGCUCAUCUUCACGAUCGUCCUUUAUAUUCUGCUAGCAUUUUUCUGCGAAGGGCUGCUACUGCCGUCCUGCUUGAAUUAAGCAAAUGCAGAAGACGCAGCUAAGUGAUCUUCAUCACUCAUUCAAGAACAUGUGCCUUAUUAUACUAAAAUUGUACUCUGAAAUAUAUGUGCAGUCGAAAUCUUAUUCUUCAAAAUAUACCGUACAGACUACAUCAAAUUUCAACCCACUUUCAUGCAACCUUCGUAUAGUCGCUGCCGCUGGAAGCAUCGGUUCCUCCUGCCUAGCAGAAGCUAUGGCAUACGCCGGUAAGAUACGCAAUUCUCUGUCACCAAGCACACCACUUUCUGGCUUCAGUUCACCGUCUACCCUUGAGAUGAAUUUCAUAUAGGUCACUUAAAUACACAAUUUUGUCUUCACUUUAUAUUUUCAAAAUUCAUUUUUAUUUA